UGUGAUUGUGACUGUCAAAUUUGACAGCGAUUAACUUGGCGUUGUAGUUUAUUCGUUCGAUGUAUUGUGAUAAAUAUUAUAUCACACCUUAAUGUUAAUAAACUAUCUUUAAUUUUAGAUGAGCACCUCGUACUAGCCAUGGCUAAUCAUUACGAAGUGCCCAAUUGGGCUGGAAAACCACCUACAGGGCUUCACUUGGACGUACUAAAGGGUGAUAAGUUGAUUCAGAAACUAAUGAUUGACGAGAAGAAGUGUUAUUUGUUUGGCCGGAACCCGCAAAUGAAUGAUUUUUGUAUUGACCAUGCGAGUUGUUCGCGAGUGCACGCUGCAUUUGUUUAUCACAAACAUUUGAACAGGGCAUUCCUCGUCGACUUAGGCAGCACUCACGGAACCUUUAUCGGACAAAUGCGCUUAGAGGCUCACAAGCCGACGCAGCUGCCUAUUGAUUCUAAUUUCCACUUCGGUGCUUCUACGAGGAAUUAUAUUAUAAGAGAGCGCCCCACAGGCAAUUCCAGAGGUAUUAUGGAGGACUUACCCAACACAGAACAAGAGGGUGCCUUACUAGGUCUGCCUGAGACACAAACUGAAUUAGAUAAUCUAACAGAAUUCAACACAGCACACAACAGAAGAAUUUCCAUGUUGGGUAUAUCUACUGAUGAUGGCAGUGAUGUUAUGAAGCCUCCAACAGGCACAAAGCGGACAGCAACAAUGCCUGGUGGCAUAGCCAAGAAACAGAAGCGUAAUGUAUCAUUCAAUGAAGAGGUGGAUAUUAUCAAUCCUGAAGACAUUGAUCCUACUAUCGGCAGGUUUAGGAACCUGGUGAAAUCUACCAUAGUGCCCAACCCUAAUAGUGCUCCUAGGAAGUUGAAGUUACAGAGUGCAGAUGAGAAUCAACACCACCAUUCGCUAAGACUGCAGGAGAUAUCGCGAGGCAGCAACUUGUACUCAGACCUGCCCGCGCCCAGCUCACAUCUUAGUCUUAUUGGAGCCAGACUGGGUCUAUCGCUACCGAAUCCUGCGCCUGACGUGGAAUUGGAAGGCCCGGAGCCUCAUCUCAAUAUACACCCGCCUCUACCACAUACAGCACCAGAAGAGGCUGGCUCAUCGAACGAGCCUCGGAAGAAGAAAUACGCCAAAGAAGCGUGGCCGGGUCGGAAACCCGGACUCAUACCAGGCGUAUGAGAUAUGCACUGACAGUUCAAAUGUACUGGUGGCGAAAGUAUUACAAACUAGAAGUAUUUCCUCCAUUUCCCACCCACAUCCAGUGGGACUUUCGUGGUUUGUCCGGAUAGAAAAAUGCCUAUAGCUUUUUUCAGUAAGUAGGCUAUCAAACACUGAAAUAUUUUUUUCAUAUAUUUUAUUUUAAUUAGUUCCUGAAUUUAGUGCUUUCAGCAAGCAAACAUACAAACAAGCUUAUUAAUAUAUAUAUUUUUAAACUUAAAAUCACUGUUAAAGAUGUUUGUAAUUUGAUUUUAAAAUUUUCAGUAGUUCUAAAAUGGCAGCAGCUUUUUUUUAAGAAUAUAUGGUUGAGCAGAUUAACAUUAUAUUUAUUUAAUUAAUCUUAUAAUUUCCUAUAAAUUAUCUUCUGUUUGUAAGUGAAAAUGGACUGUUUGAAUCGUGGAUAGUUAAAAUAUAAGAAAGCGCCACCAGUAUAGUUAGACCUUUAGUCAUACAAAUACUGUUAAGUUCUUAUCUGAAUUUUAGCAAAGUAUAUACAUACAUAAUGACAGAUACAUACAUUGCAAAAAACACCCUGAAUAUCAUAUACUGAAAAAAUAAGUUAAACGAUUUUAAAAGUUCCAGUUUUUCUCAUGUUACUGAUCGUAUGUGAGUUUACGAUUAAAAAAAAAGUACAGUCAGCGCCAUUUUAAUGUUGACAGUAAAACAUCUUUUGUGACUUUUAGGCCAAAGUUAGGAAAUUUUAACUAUCAGUUUGUAGGAAAAAUAUUUUUAUUUCAUCAAAUGUCAAUUAGAAUAAGAAAAAAAUUGGGUGUAUAGAUCGCUAGUACAAAAUAUUUAGUGAUAAAAUUAUGAGAGAAAUACAAGCGUUCAUUUUUACUUAGAUAUUGCUCAAGUAAUAUAAAAAGUAGUAUUUGUAAGUUUAGACAGUAACUGCUAUAACUGUUGGCUUUAGAACUUUCUAGAUUUCUGCUUAACCAGGCGAGUAUAUGCUUUGUAAUAAUUUCUAUAAUAUAUAAUUAUUGUAGUUAAUAAAUGCAAAGAAUCGAUACUAAACGCCCGUCCACAAAAAUCCAAAAUCGCUUUAAACAUAGGAAUAGGACGGCCUACCCAAAGCCAAUAUUCAUAAGUCACUAGAAUAAAUAAUGCUUUAGAUAGAAAAAAAGUCUUAAACAAUCCUGAUUCACUAGUAAUAAUCACGGAGGAAGAAAAGAUAGCGGAGAUGCCAUAAGGUAGGUCCUAGUAACGUGAUGGGGUACUAGAACCAACGAGGUGUUUGUCUCCCUUGUCAAAUCAAAACCAAUCCCUCAAAGUUUGAUCUUGAUUGAUUAACGAUUUUAUUCUGAUCUGAAAAAAUUUGGUGGGAUCUAAAGAAGUCGUAUGAGGGCGGAGCUAGUAACGUUUAUCGUCACCGGAACACCCGCAUUUUGGCGCGAUACUUUCUUAGGAGAUAUUGCGUUAUGACAUCUCUGCUAGUCAUCAUUUUAUUCUUCAUGGUAACAACAGUGUGAACAUAUUUAUGUCGCUGACUGUACUUUUAAAAAUAUUUGCGCAUUACGGCAAUUGAUUUUCACUCUUUAUAAAGUACAUUUUAUGUAAUGUAUUGACGUAGGAAUAAGUUAUUGUUAAGAAAAUUGUGAAUGAAUUAUAAGAGAAAAUAAUAUUA